GCACCACAUCAAUGCAAACACCUCCCCCUGCUCUUUGACGGGCCAAUGAGCGAAGGGUGCCGGGAAAUACAGCAGAGGAACGACGCCGGCGCCUUGCCAGAGUGAUGGAAAAAUGUUGUGAGUGUUUGUAAAGUGUCUCUUGAGGAGAAAAUUAAAAAACAAAACAAAAAAAAAAAACUACAAGACAUCACCGGUGACGCCUGGACAAUGUUUUUGAUUCACUGACUUCUUUGGAAGCAUCGUUCCUUUUAUUCGUGUCUUCUCAGCUUUGACUCCAGGGACGCUGCGCCUCAUCUCUUCUGGCAAUGAAGUUCAAUCUAUUCAGGAGGCCACAGCCGGUGGCCCCUGCCGAGCCCACCGGAGUCACCACCAUGGCUAGUAUGGCUUCCUCCCCAGCUGCCAUCUCCACGGUGGCCGAAAGCUCUGGCAACAACACGGAAAUCAGCAAGAACGACAUGUUUGAGGAGAUCAAGAGCAAGUUCUUGAAUGAAAUUGACAAAAUCCCGUUACCCCCGUGGGCUCUGAUCGCCAUCGCAGUGGUGGCCGCUUUGCUGGUGCUCACCUGCUGCUUCUGCAUCAUCAAAAAGUGCUGCUGCAAGAAGAAGAAGAACAAGAAAGGCAAGAAGGGCAAAGAUGGUUUCAACAUGAAGAACAUGGAGGGCGGUGAGAAACCACAGGACGAUGACGAUGAUGAGGGAGAGACUGGGCUCACGGAAGAGGAGAAGGAGGAAGAGGAAAAGGAGCAAGAGAAGCUGGGCAAACUCCAAUAUUCCAUUGACUACGACUUUGAAAACACAAAGCUCACCGUCGGCAUCCUUCAAGCGGCGGACCUCAUGUCCAUGGAUUCGGGUGGGACUUCUGAUCCGUACGUUCGAGUCCUUCUUCUACCCGACAAGAAGAAGAAGUUUGACACCAAAGUCCACAAGAAAACGCUCAACCCCGUCUUCAAUGAGACUUUUGUCUUCAAAGUUCCCUACGAAGAGCUCGGUGGCAAAACUCUUGUGAUGUCCGUUUUCGACUACGACCGCUUCUCCAAGCACGAUGUCAUCGGCGAGGUGAAGCUACCCAUGAACACCAUCGACCUCGGACGUCCCAUUGAGGAGUGGCGGGACCUGGAGAGCGCCGAUCAAGAAGAGCCUGAGAAACUCGGUGACAUCUGCAUCUCCCUGCGCUAUGUCCCCACUGCCGGGAAGCUCACCGUCUGCAUCCUGGAGGCCAAGAACUUGAAAAAGAUGGAUGCCUGUGGAUUAUCCGACCCAUAUGUGAAGAUUCAGCUGCUGCAGGGUGGUAAACGUCUGAAGAAGAAGAAAACAACAGUGAAGAAGAACACCCUCAACCCAUACUACAAUGAAUCAUUCAGCUUUGAAAUUCCACUGGAACAGAUGCAGAAAAUCCUUGUGGCUGUCACGGUGUUCGACUACGACAAGAUCGGCAAGAACGACGCCAUCGGGAAGAUCUUUGUGGGCAGUAAGGCCACCGGGUUGGGUCUCAAGCACUGGUCCGACAUGCUGGCCAACCCCCGGCGCCCCAUCGCCCAGUGGCAUGCUUUGCAACCUGAGGAGGACAUCGACGGUCAGCUGGCCUCCUUAGCGGCCAAGAAGUAACCACCAAAGCCCCUUACCAUUGAAGCUCUUCAUUCAAUUCAUGAAACUUUGCAUGACUUAUCCCGACUUGUCAUGAAACCUGCUCAGCAAAAACUCAGUAGACUAGAUUCCAUUGAGGUUUCAAGGCAUCCCAUUUUGCAUAUUAGUGUCUUUUCUCAAGUGACUUGACUGGACUUUGUUUCAUGUCAAGAUACUUCUAGACUGAAGUCUGAGUUGGAUUGAAGUCUGGGUUUAGUUUGUAGAGCAUGCUUUUGCCCACCUGCCUACGGCUUUGCACACCAAAGGUAUCCUGGCAUCAACUUGCAAAUAGAAGGAGGAAUAGAAGGGUUUUUGGUUCUGCACUAGAAUUGUGCUGUUCGUGUCACUAAGGUGGGUUGCCCGUCUAUGCAUAUGGAAAGAAUGGAGGAUGGUUUGAGAUCUGUCUUCAGACUUAAGUGAACAUGAAUGAGAAAUAGGCAGGGACGCUGAUAUUGUGCCAAUUAAAACGACCGCCUGGAUGUGAAACCACACUCUACUUAAACCAAGCAUCAAGUGAAUGAGUCACGACAGUUUCAAAGAUUUUUUUUUUAAUAUUUGGAUUUCAGUUGGGAUCAGACGGUAAAGGAUUGGAUUUGGUAGCUAUGUCUGAAAAUUGGUUGUGAGCAAUUUCCCAAUCUUUGAUUUUACAGCACACACAAAUGUUGCUAAAAAUGUGUUGUAUCUGGAUUUACACUGCAUGGGUCAAGUGACCCAUGACAUUUUUUUGCUCCAAUUUGACAAAAUGUGGAUAUUUGUCAGGGAAAAAUUUGGAUAUUUUAAAUAAGAACUAAUCUUAAAUAAAUCAGACACAGUUUGGAUACCUGCCAAUGCAGGAGGUGUGUAAAUGCACAGAUCAACUAUUCCCAGUCAGUGCCAACGUGAUGGCCACUGAAGUAAGAUAAAUAAUUGCAGAUGUUAGCCAGUGGACCUGGACAUUGUAACAUUCUAUAUUUGUUGUUUUUUUUAUGUACUUUGUACAGUGGUACCUUGACUUAUGACUUAAUUUAUUCUGCAUCAUGCUUUUUACUCCAAACAUCGUGACAAUGCGUGUGUGUGUGUAUACACACUCACACACACACACACACACACACACACACACACACACACACACACAUAUAUAUAAGGAAAGUAGUACUUUACGUUGUCCUGCAGUAUAAAAAAAAUGUACAGUACAUUAUUAAACAGUUUGCGCAUCCAAUUGCAAUUGAAUGCAUUAAUGUUUUGUGGCUGGUCUGCCCACUUUGGCCGCCAGGGAGCAGUAUAAUAUAGAGACAGUACAUUUAAACUUGAUGACAAAACACAAGACUGUCACACUCACUGCUGUAAUGUUUAUCGGUUUUGCACAGGAUAAAGACUGUACUCCUGUGAGGACUGUUGAAUAGUCUCUCCGGCUGUGUUGUGUAUAAAUAAUAAUUGUAAAAAAUGUUUAAAUACUACAUUAUCAAUGCCAGGUUGAUGAACCCAGAUAUGGCAUUUUGCAAUGUACAUUCGCGAUAAACCUUUCAGAAGGUUAUUUGAUUUGGUUAAAGACCACAACAUUUUGUUUUAUGCAAAGUUAUCCACUCCGCUUCAGUCUGGUAUGGCAAUAAAUAGCUUGAAGCAAGCAAUUGCCACCAAAAUUUAACUGUUCACUUUCUGCCAAACUAUUGCUUGUUAUGAAGUUGCCACGACUAAGCUCUUGAAACUCAUCAUUAAAGUGUAAGUCGAGGUACCACAGUCUUGUUAACUUCCUUGUUGUCACUGCCCAGUGUUGACACUUUGAGGAGUUACAAACAUAGGAAUAUGCAAUAAUUGGUAUGAAAUUGGAAUCAGGCACUUGGACCUGCAGUGGUAAUGUAAUUUAUGUGUUCCGAUUCUUGGGCAACAUCUAUCACGAUCCUUCUCAGACAGACGUUUUCCAAAGAAUGUCUGUGCACCGCAGCACAACUUUGUAAUUUAUGUUCAUCUAUAGUUAUGUGACACCAACAAGUGGUUACCGAGCAUUGUACGUAGUGGGAACGACAAGGAAGCCCCCCACCCCAAUGCAAGACUACCCCAUUUAAAAAGUAUUUAAGUGGCUUCAAAGACUACGUAAGCUAGCUCGGAUACUAUGUUAAUACACUUCUAUGUCUCGUUCUUUGUUUGCAGCACACGUAGAGAAGAGCAUUGUUGUUAGCAUCAUUAAUGACACUAGACUUAUUUUUUUCUACGGUUGGCAUUUAAAAUGAUAUCAAUAUCUGUAGGACUUAAAUGACAACACAUCUAAAUUCUACAGUGUAUGCGGCGCUUAAUUGUGCUAGCCUGGAUCAGAAAAGUUGAAAACAUACAAACAAAUUCACUGUUGCUGUUGUCUGGAAGUAAUUUCAUUUUCAGUAGUUCAGCAUUUGUUACCUUCACAAGUUUAAAGGUAUGAGACGUGUCCAGGGCCUUUUGCUUCAGCCUAAAGGAAAAAAAAGUGGCGAAAUGUAGCAUGCCUAGCUGCGUUUCGUUGUCCUCACAGAAAUGCUCUCCUCAUCAAAAGUCAAAGAGCCCAAUUACGCCAACAGAAACAGACACAAUACUUGAUAUAGCGCUCGGGGUUUUUGCUCAAGCAAUUGCCUAAAAGCGCCACUUUUUGCUGUUUGUGCUGACCCUUUUGUUGCCUCAGUCGACCAUGUUUUGCAUCACUCAAGCUCAUUUGUGAAUAGGCAACAGCAUGAAUGUAUGAACAACAUGAUGUAAAUAAUAGCAUGUUUUGAAGCAAUGAUGUUAUGAUUAUCUUAUGUUGGGUUUUGUGUAUUUGUGUCUUUUUUUAAUAAUAAAGCAGAUGAAGAAAACAUG